AUGAAUAGUAAAAAUACGUGCCUGUGCGUCGACAAACUUAACCAGUUACAUAACACAAUCCACACAGAACUCACUGAUUGCAAGGAUAAGGUUUGGAAUUUUAAAAUUUCAAGUUUAACAAAGGAAAGAGAUUCGCUACUGCUUAGGUAUGACCCAUUUUUGCUCGUUUUAUUCACCUCUUAUACACAUUUCCCUGAUACACCCUGUAAACGAGGAUUUGAGGUCAAAGUUGACCGAUUUACAGUCUAA